UGCUUUGGACAGCAUCCGCGCGAUCGCAUUUUAGUUAUUAGCGAUCCACGACAGUUAGCUGCCACGAGUCGACGGGUUCGGUCGACUCGGCCGCUGUAUCGUCCUGGAGCGCUUCCCACCGUUGCAGCGCAGCCUCAUAAUACCUCGCAGCGCUGACAAGAGAACGCGCGCGCAAAGAGAGGACCGCCCUGACCUCGUGUUCCCUUUGUGUGAGAGCUGCCUGUGUGACCUCUGACACCGGACUCGCGACGAAAGCCUAUCAGCAGGCGCCCGAGCGGUCGACGAUCUUCCCCUUCGAGAGCCCCGUUCUUCUAGAUUAUCACCGUUCACAAUAUUCCUUGACGUUUCUCCCAUCUCCCCUCAUCUGGGAACAUCAUGCUAUUGAGUUUGACGGUGACUCUGCUCCUCUCAAUAGUUCUAUUGUCCGAGGAAUGCGAAUUGGAUCAAAUGCGAUACGGAUGUCGCAUCUACAAUGCACAAUGCAGUUGCGGCUAUGGUUGUAAAUCUGAAUACAGAUAUAAUAACAAUGACGAUUGCAAGCUAGCGUUGAAAGGAGGACGUAGCGACGAAUGUUCUCGUACAAAGCCUUGUCAGAACGAAGGCUUGUGUUCCCAAAUAUCAUCGGAACCCGGAUUUAAAUGCCGCUGCGAAGGAACUGGAUUCUACGGCACUUACUGCGAAAUACGUUGUCCACGAGCGGACAAUUUACUUUUCCAAGGACAAUUUCCUUACGAAUGCGUUAUAAUUUAAUUCGAAAGUUUUUUUUUCUUAUUCUUUCAUCCUGAUCCAAAUUCGUCUUAAUAUGAUACAUACGUAUAAAAAAAGAAAUGCAUCUCAUAAGACAUAUUUACACAUCUUUGUACAUACAUAAUAAAUAUUAAAACAGAUAUGCCGUUUUAUUUAAUAUUUUGUAUAUCGUACAUAUUCUUGAUACUUGAAAAUUCAUAUAUAUUCUUGAUUCUCGAUACUUUUUGUAAUCGCGCAAUUUUAAAACAUUAAAAGUAUAAUACAUAUGAUAGCAAAAUAGAAUAUGAAAGUGAAUAAAAUAUUAAAAUAUUAUCCCAUA